CGCGCGCGGGGCGGCUCCAGUUUCAAACACAGCGCCCAUCUUUAACACAACACAACCGGACAGACUCCGUCCCGUAGCGAGAUACCGCUGCUCAUGCAUAACGUGAAACCCAGGUAAUGAGGGAAGACAUUAGAGAGAGGAACGAAGCACAAGAUGAUCGAAACAAUGGAUACCCAGCGUUGUCUGCAGGCGGUGGAGAGGUUACAGUCUCGAUUGAAAGAAAAGGGAGCAGAUGUUCCUGCUGAGGAGAAGCUGAACCUUCUGAAAGCGGUCCUGCAGAGUCCUCUAUUUCACCAGAUCCUCGCCCUUCAGAAAUCAGUGCAACACCUGAAGGAGCAUACUCCAUAUAUUAACUCAGAUAUCAAGGGCAGCAAUGAAGGUUUUUCAGCACAGCUCAAUGGACAGCCUUCAUCUGAAGAGUACAAACACAUCAUCCGUUCCAUGGCUCAGGGUCGGUACGUGACACACAUCGACCUACAGAAACCGGUAUCGGGUGGUUUGGGCUUCAGUGUUGUUGGAUUGUGUAGUGAGAACCGCGGAGAACUCGGCAUCUUCAUUCAGGAGAUUCAGGCUGGAAGUGUGGCAUACAGCGAUGGAAAACUGAAGGAGGGAGAUCAGAUAUUGGCAAUUAAUGGUCAGCCAUUGGAUCAGAGCGUCAGUCACCAGCAGGCUAUCGUGCUUCUUCAGCGAGCAUCGGACUGUGUGAGCCUCACUGUUGCCCGUGGGCCCGUACCACAGCUUUCCAGCCCGGUCGUCUCCAGAACCCCCAGUGCUGCUAGCACACUUUCAGCACACUCUAGUGCGACCCAUUGGACUCACGUGGAGACAAUUGAGCUGGUGAAUGAUGGAACUGGUUUGGGCUUUGGAAUUGUCGGCGGUAAAACCACAGGUGUUAUCGUCAAAACCAUCCUACCUGGAGGCAUCGCUGAUCAGGAUGGUCGCUUACGAAGUGGGGAUCAUGUUUUGCGAAUCGGUGAUACGGAUUUGUUUGGUCUGAGCAGUGAGCAGGUUGCUCAAGUUUUGAAACAAUGUGGCAACAGAGUUCGACUCCUCGUCAGUCGUGGGACAGCUGACGACGCUCCGGCCGCUCCUGUCUCCCUGCCGACCGUCACUGAGCAACAGGGUUUUGAGGAAGAGGAACAGGACGCUUUUGAUGUUAGCUUAACAAAGAAUGCUCAGGGAUUGGGCAUCACCAUCGCUGGAUAUGUUGGGGACAAAACCUCAGAGCCCUCUGGGAUAUUCGUGAAGAGCAUUUCGAGGGACAGCGCGGUGGAGCAGGACGGGCGAAUUCAUGUUGGAGAUCAGAUCAUAGCUGUAGACGGUGUGGAUAUCCAGGGUUACACCAACCAGCAGGCUGUGGAAGUUCUGAGACACACGGGUCAGACCGUAAACCUGAAACUCGUCCGACGUGGCUUCAAGCCAGAGGACGCAUGUCCGUCAAUCAUACCUGAUGCCGUGGAGACCACGCUCACCCCCAGCGCAUCAAGAAACUCAACAAUGGAGCGAACGAAUACCAUGCAUGAUGAGAGGCUGUUUCUCACUCCAGAGGAAAACGCCAAACCUCAGUCUGUCACGGUUCAACCCAUCAGAACUCCAGAAAGACGUGACGGUCCUGUUAAGCUGAGCUCAGAGGAGGAACACAAACUUUUGCAGAAGUGGCAGAAUGAGCUCAGUGUCUGCAGUGAAGUCAUUGUGGCUCAAGUAGAGAAGUUUAGUGAGAACAGCGGUUUAGGGAUCAGUCUGGAUGCGUGUGCCGGUCAUCACUUUCUUCGCUCCGUACUUCCUGAGGGACCCGUCGGACGAUCUGGAAAAAUCUGUAGUGGAGACGAACUGCUAGAGGUGAAUGGCAUUCCUCUCAGAGGAGAGAAUCACAAAGAGGUUGUUGACAUACUGAAAGAACUUCCUGUAUCUGUGACCAUGGUCUGCUGUAGACCCGCCCCUAUAAUGACUGACAGCCAAACUGACCAACCCCAGCCAGAUGAUGUGGCCACAGAUUCCAUAGUUCAGGUGCAGGAUGAUUUUGAGGAUUUCCUGGUCUCUGGUGAAUUAGAGGACAGCCUGAAAGAUCAUGUGACUGAAGAGCCCACCGGAGCGCCAUUAGCUAUGUGGGAAACGGAAAUUCAGGACAUUGAACUAGAGAAAGGGGAGAGUGGGCUGGGCUUCAGCAUUCUGGAUUACCAGGACCCAAUGGACCCGCUUAAGACGGUGAUUGUGAUUAGGUCAUUAGUUCCCGAAGGCAUAGCAGAGCGUGACGGUCGCUUGUUGCCAGGAGACCGUCUCAUGUAUGUCAACAAUAUCAACCUGGAGAGCGCCAGUUUGGAGGAGGCGGUGCAGGCUCUGAAGGGAGCAAACAUGGGUGCCGUGCGCAUCGGGGUGGCCAAACCACUGCCCACUGAGGAUGAGGAUGGUUCUUCCUCCUUGAUCUUCUCGAUUCUGGUCCUGACAGAGGGCUGUGAUGAUGAUGAUGAUGAGGAGGAGGAAGUUGUGUUCCGCGCUGAGCCUGCACUGAUCGACUCCAGUGAUUUAGACCUGUCUGAUGAAAAGGCAUUUGAGCGUAAUUUUCUCGAGGAGGAGGACGAGCUGCUGCAGUCAAUGAUCGCUGAACAUGGCAGUUUCUGCAGCACUGAUUUGACCAGAUUUGAUCAGAUGACCAGACAGGCCUCCACACCUAAGGAAGAGGAUUUCAUUCCAGCUAAAACCAUGGAUGAGACCCAGCAGCUAAACGUCACUGCGGGGAGCACUUUUGAGAGGACCAUCACUGUGGUCAAGGGCAGCUCCAGUCUAGGUAUGACCGUGUGUGCGCUGAAGGAUGGAGCAGGUAUGCUGAUCCGCAGCAUCAUUCACGGUGGCUCCAUCAGCCGGGACGGGCGACUCGGGGUCGGUGACCUUAUUCUGGCCAUCAACGGAGAACUUACAGGAAAUCUGACCAACGCACAGGCACGAGCCAUGUUGCGCAGACACUCUCUGAUAGGACCAGACAUGGGAUCCACAGGUGCUGAGGGGGAAGAGCACAGUCCCAUCUCUGUAAUCACAUAUGUACCUGCAGAAUAUUUAGAAGAAUACAGGGCAAGCCAGCAGCUCCAGAGUGAUGAUCUCUCUGAUGGGAAAAACAACACUCAACAUCAGACAGUCUCAGAUCUUCCAGAGAGAGAAGAUGGAGAGGGACAGGAGAGUGAACGACAGACAGCAGCUUCCAACAACUGGAAUCCACCACGGAGAGUGGAGCUGCACAGGGAAGCUGGCAAAUCUUUGGGCAUCAGUAUUGUUGGUGGGCGGGGCAUGGGCAGUCGCCUUAGCAACGGAGAAGUGAUGCGGGGCAUCUUUAUUAAACAUAUCUUGGAGGACAGUCCAGCAGGACGCAACGGCACAUUAAAGACAGGAGACAGAAUUGUAGAGGUGGGAGGAGUGGAUCUGCGUGACGCCAGUCAUGAGCAGGCAGUGGAGGCCAUCCGUAACGCUGCAAACCCUGUGGUGUUCCUGGUCCAGAGCAUCAUUCACAAAGACAGAAAGCCUCCUGUAGCCCUCCUACAGCUGAACCGCUCAGAGCAAACCCUCCAUCCUUAUCCUGAAUCCUGCUUUACAUACAAACCGCUACAGACAUCUGCACUGGAUGCAGUGGAAGACAUUUCAGCCUUCAACUUGAAGACCAGCAGUGAGAAGGCCGUUGACACUUACAGUAGACCUUUCCUCCGUCUAUGUCCAACUAAUCCUUUCACUCCUACACCGUUUAAGCUGAAUCGAGAGGAGGGAAAAAUCUUCCCGACGACACCCGUCCUGUCACUGCCGGUCGUUCCACAUGUUGGGGAAACAGACUCGGACACUCUGACUGAGAUUCCAGAUAGACUCGUUCUUCAUAACAACGGUCCUGAUGACGAAGAGGAGGAUGAGUACGGUUACAGCUGGAGGAAAGUAACGGAGCGGUACGGUCGUUUACCGGGUCAGCUGCACAUGAUCGAGUUGGAGAAGGGCCGCACUGGUUUGGGUUUGAGUCUGGCAGGGAACCGGGACCGUUCACGCAUGAGUGUUUUUGUCGUGGGCAUUGACCCCAACGGUGCCGCCGGGCGAGACGGACACAUUGUGGUGGGCGAUGAACUGUUGGAGAUAAACGGUCAGGUUCUAUAUGGCCGCAGCCAUCAAAAUGCCUCUGCCAUUAUUAAAAGUGCCCCCUCAAAAGUCAAGAUCAUCUUCAUCCGAAACGGAGAUGCUUUGAGUCAGAUGGCUGUUGGGCCAAUGAAGGAGACAGACUCACCGGACACACACAUAGAGACUGAGCCAUCCAGCUCAACACUAGACAUGAUCCAACACAUAACUCUUCCUGUGGAGGAUGGAGGGGUUGGUAUCGUCCUGAAGGAGGAUGACAGCAGGAAUGGAUGCAUCAUUCACAGUGUAGAUGAGAAUGGAGCAGCUGGAAGGGACGGUAUGAUUGCAGUGGGACACAGGCUGCUUGCAGUAGAUGAUGAGAUGGUGCUGGGACUCUCUGUGGAAAAGGUGAUGUCACUGUUGAAGAAACCCCAGGACUCAGUGAAACUCACCAUCUGCAUUGACCCCGCCUUCCAGCCCUCCUCAUCCAAUCAGAUUUGCUCAGGAUCAGACCCAGGAAUCAGUCUGCCGCUGGUUUCUGUGACAUCAUCAGAGACAGAACCAAUCAGGAGUUCGAGCAGAUGCUCCACUCCGGGGACCUUGGCGUCUGAUCCAGCUACGUGUCCCAUCAUCCCUGGCUGUGAGACCACUAUAGAGAUCUGCAAGGGGAGAACAGGAUUGGGGCUCAGCAUUGUGGGCGGCUGUGACACUUUACUGGGAACUAUAAUAAUUCAUGAGGUGUACGAGGAGGGAGCUGCCUCUAAAGAUGGCCGACUGUGGGCAGGAGAUCAGAUUCUGGAGGUGAAUGGUAUAGAUCUGCGAGUGGCGACGCAUGAUGAGGCAAUCAAUGUUUUGCGGCAGACUCCGCAACGCGUUCGUCUGACAGUUUUCAGAGAUGAGGGUCAGUAUAAGGAAGAAGAACUGUGGGACUCACUGACCAUUGAGCUUCAGAAGAAACCAGGCCGUGGUCUCGGACUCAGUAUCAUCGGGAGAAGGAAUGACACAGGAGUCUUUGUGUCAGACAUCGUGAAGGGUGGAGUCGUGGAGACUGACGGACGUCUCAUGCAGGGAGACCAGAUCCUUUCGGUUAAUGGGGAGGACGUUCGUUCAGCCACACAAGAGUAUGUGGCCUCGCUGCUCAAGAGUUGUGCUGGUCCAAUCAGAUUGGAGGUGGGUCGUUUUAAGGCGGGGCCUUUCCACUCAGAGCGCCGUCUGUCUCAGAGCAGUCAGAUAAGCGAGACGGGCAGCGGUAAAGUCACUCCUGCGGCUGUACAGGGUGAUGCGGAGAAAACACAUGACUUGCUGGAUAAAGACAUCAGGACGGUUGAAUUCACAAAGGGCCCGUCGGACUCUCUGGGCAUCAGUAUAGCUGGAGGAGUGGGCAGUCCUCUGGGGGACGUGCCCAUAUUCAUCGCCAUGAUGAACCCCAGCGGCCUCGCAGCACAGACACAGAAACUCUGGAUUGGAGACAGGAUUGUGUCUAUCUGUGGAAACUUAACAGAAGGAAUGACUCACAAUAAAGCCGUUUCACUGCUGAAGAACACGACAGGCAUCAUACAACUACAGGUAGUUGCUGGUGAUACAACAGUAACUGGACCCUCACCAGAGCAAACAGCAGGACUCACAGCCAGCAGCAUUUUCCAUGAUGACCUGGGUCCUCCGCAGUGCAAGAGCAUUAGCUUGGAGCGUGGGCCUGAUGGACUGGGCUUCAGUAUUGUGGGUGGAUUUGGCAGCCCCCAUGGUGACCUUCCCAUCUACGUCAAAACCGUCUUCAGCAAGGGGGCCGCGUCAGAGGAUGGGCGUCUGAAGCGCGGAGAUCAAAUCAUCGCUGUUAACGGUCAGAGUUUGGAGGGCGUCACUCACGAAGAGGCUGUCUGUAUUCUGAAGAAAACCAAAGGAACCGUCACACUCACUGUGCUGUCAUAAACACACAUACACAGAGCUCAUUUAAUAGGCUUGUAUCAGGUCCUGUAGUUGUUUAAACACUGGAUUAGACACUUAUGAAUGAAUUGUGCCCGCUCAUAGCGUUGUUUACUGCUAGUUUGUGGAGAAACCAGCAGACUACCACAAUCUGCCAUACUAUGCUGGGACUUUACAUUGUAUUUGUGCUUUAAAAUGCAGAAAGUGCACACAACUGCAUGACCAGAUAUUAUAUGCCUGGUUAUAAUUUCUUCGUUUGACAAUUCCUGCUGCUGUGAUAGCUAUAAAAUAUACGAAUAUCUCUUUCCUGUUGAGGUAGAAAACUGGGUACAAAUUGACCCCCAUUGGUUUCUAUGCAAUUUGCCAAAAGUUGACACUAUGAAAAACACUAAAAAAAAAGACGCAUGUAAAAACAAACUCUAUUGUAGCUUGUUGAAGACUAAAAAAAUAUAAAUAUUAGCAAAAUGUAAUAAUUACCAUCCAUUUCUUUUCUAUUAUUUCUAUUGUGUUAAGGGUAAUUUGACCCACAUAUGUUUGUUCAAAAUUAGCUGCACAGACACAAAUUUAAAAAAUAUAUAUUUUUUUUUGUCAUGACUACUUGUAGUGACUAUUUGCACACUGAGGUGUCUAACAUUAUUUGUACUUAGUGUAAGUGCGCAAAAACAACUAAAAACACUGUAUUAUGCAUGCCAGGCCAGUAGUUGGCGAUGUCACUUUGUAAAGAAACUAAUUUGCAUGCGCAUGAUGUCACAGUUUCCACAUAUUUGCAUUUUUGUAGCCUACACAAGGACAAUAAAGAGAUUGUUUCAAAGUGAAAACGGGUUCACUUUGAAACCCAUUUUCAAAAGUUUGCUUUUUCAUGCCACCAAAACUCCAUUGCCGUGUAAAUGAAUGGCCAAAACGUACAAAAUGUUUUCCGUUUUUAUUUGAAAAUGGUUUCAUGUAAACGGCCCCUGGUUCUAAAACCCUUGUGAGGGUAAAGCGGGUUUCUCACUUAUUUUGAGUGCUGCAACAGACUGUAAAACUCAAGAGUGAAUUUUCCUUGGAUGAUUCAGAAAACGAGUCAUUAAUUUUGCAUACACUUCGAGUCUUAAAUUUCAAAAGUUCUCAUGUAUUCCAUAUUUUAGUUUGGCAAGCUACAAUAAAGGUUUUCAGGGUUCCCACUCAUCCUGGAAAACCUUGAAAACCUGGAAAAUUGAUGACAAACUUUCCAAUCCUGGAAAACACAUGGAAAAUGUAAAAUGUCCUGGAAAAUCUUGUUGUUGUCCUUGAAAAUUAUUUUUUAAAAAGGUGUUCAGUUUUUUUCUUGGCCAAGAACAAAGAGUUUAUCACUGGCCAAAAACAAUUACCUGCAGAAAUCACUUGCAGAAAGUGCGAUGUUCCGGAAUGCUGAGGUUUGACAUGUGAGAGUAUUAUUUUCAAUGGUGUUUAGUCUUGUGUUGCCACUUGCAGCAGUUAGCUAAUGCUAUUAACUGCUUUUCACAACAGUGCAGAACUUCGUGAGAUUGCGCUGCAGUGAUUUAAAAGGGAACUCUUUAUCUCACAAAUUCAAAAAAAUUCUCACAAUUGCGAGCUUACAUAAUUGUGAUAUAAACUUGCAAUUGCAUGAUAUAAAGUCAGAAUUGUGAAAUAUAAAGUCAGAAUUGCAUGAUAUAAACAAUUGUUAUAAAGUCAGAAUUGUGAGAUAUAAAGUCAGAAUUGUGAUUCUGCAACUCGCAAUUGUGAGAAAAAAAAGUCAAAAUAGCGAGAUAAAAAGAUGCAAUUAUUAUUUUAUUUUUUUUAUUUUGUGGCGGAAACAAGCUUCCAUAGUCAUAAUGUAUGAUUAAGAGCUCAUAUAAAAAAAUAAUUUUAUAGUUAAGUUAUGGCAACAAACUGUAGCUACGCCUUUUAAAGAUUUAGAGAGCAAUAUAUUACUUUAGAGUGUGAUCCUUGUAUUUUAUUCCUGCUAUCGUAAAAUUGAAAAUGUCCUGGAAAAGUCCUGGAAAAUGAUCGCUGAAAAAGAGUGGGAACCCUGGUUUUCUGACUCUUUGCUGUUUUGUUGAGGUGUUGAUUUUUGGCAAAUUGCAUGGAAACCAAUGGAGAUCAAUUUGACCUCAACAAAAGUUAACACAGAUGGGUUUUGGAAGCACAUUCAUCACCCAAAAUGAGAAAUUAUCAAAUUUAAACAAGAAAUUAUUAAUUAUUAUUAUUAUUAGUGUUUAAAGCUGUUAAAUAUCAAAUAGUGGUCCAAUUAAGCCCAAUACAACAGAAAAGGUAAAAAGUCUGCUUACUUUCAUCAUCAGUUGUGCCAGGAAAAUAAGCCUCUUACAUUUGUGAAUAAUGUGCAAUUAAUCAAUAAUGAGCCUAAUUUACAUGGAAAGAAGGCAUGUUUGUACCGAAUAGAAAGAUGACGUCUAUAGUCUAUCAGUGGCGAAGGGACUGUCCAAAAAUAAAGUCUUUCAGUAGGAGUAAAAAAAAAAAAAUGGUCGAAGGAUCUCAACAUGUUUGAUUUUACACACCACUGUAAUUGUAAGAAUUAUAAAACAAAAAGAAAACAUGGUAAAAUUGUAAGCAAUAAGUAAUGACAGCAAUAAGAUGACAGUCCUCAAUGUGUGGUGAUUCUUAUACACGCACACUCUUACAGGAUUUUAAUCAUUUUGACCGAAUUUAACCUGAUAAUAAACUCAAAUAUUUGAGUUACCAUCUUUGUUUCUCAAAAAAAAAAAAAAAAAAAGGAAGAAAAAACAGACAGCAGGUAGAAGCAGUACGUGUGUAUUAUGAUGAUAUUAAUGAAGAUUUAUUUGGGGGGGGACAUUUCUGGAGUUUUGCCUUCACCUGAGAUUUUUGCUGCUGGAUGUAGAACAAAUUACUGUUAUAUAUUUUGGUAUAUUGUCAUAUUGUUCUGAUACAGCAUUGGAUUUCAUGACAAAUACAUGAAUAAAAGUGACCUUCAGCACACAA